GUGAGACACAGGACAAAGCUCCCACCUUCCCUGCAGCCUCCCCUGGCCUCGGGCAGCUCCCUGUGAGUGGAUGUGCAGCAGGUGCCCGAGGUGCUGAUGUGACACCCACCACUGGUGGCCAGGACCAUGGGGAAACUGCAGAGUAAAAUCAGCUUCCACACCACCAAAUACAGGGCCGAGGGCUCCGUGGGACAGACAGGACCUGCUGGUGCCUCCUGGCAGCACAGCCCUGCUCACACUGAUGCUGUCACCUCUGUGGCUGCCCUCAAACCAGACCUGUGUGUGUCAGGAGGAAGGGAUAAGAGCGUGGCUGUGUCCAGCUGGAGCUCUGGGGCUGCCCUGCGCCGCUUCACCGGCCACGAGCGCGAGGUCACCAAGGUCACCUCAGCCCUCGACUCCAGCAGAGUCUUCAGCGCGUCCCGGGACAAGACAGUGAUGAUGUGGGAGCUUCAGGGGGCUGCGGGGCCAAGGCAGCACUUCCCAGGACAUGACCUGGUUGUUACUGGGCUGGCUGUGAGCCCAGACGCCUCCCAGCUGUGCACGGGCUCCAGGGACAACACCGUGUGCAAGUGGGACACUGAGACUGGGGAGUGUCUGGGCAGAGCUGCCAUCUCCAGGAACCUGGUCACACACCUGUGCUGGGUUCCUGGGGAGCCUUAUGUCAUCCAGACCUCCGAGGAUAAAACCACCAGGGUGUGGGACAGCCGGGAGCUGCAGGUGGCCCACACGUUCCCAGCCAAGCAGCACAUCCAGACGUGCUGUUCCUUCCACCACAAAGCAGUCUGGAAUUUCAUUUCACUCUGGGACCUGAGGCAGACCAGGGGCCGGGUGUGUGAGUACAGAGGGCAUUUCCAGACCACCACCUCGUGUGUGUUCCUGCCCCGGGGCCCCACGCUCGCCCCCAGCAUUGCCACAUCCUCCAGCGACAGCACAGUGAAGCUCUGGGACCAAGGCACUGCAGGUAGGGGAGGCUCCUGCCCACUCUGCUCCUUUCUCCUGGAUAACAAACCCACUUCCCCCAGUUGUGUCUCCUCGUGGUGCUGGGCAGGGUGACUCUGCAAUCUCUGGAGUUCACUCCGAGCCUGCAGGGCAGGGUGGAGAAAUGCCCGGAGCAAAGCCAGGGCUCAACAAACACGAAGGAGCUGCAAAUCUCAGAUUACAGGGAUCUUCUCUCGUCUAAAAGAAUCACCAGGGAACUUUUAAAGGUACAUCAGAGUUAAGCCAUGAAAGGACAAAUUAUAAAAAGACAAAAAGAGCAGGGGAACACCAGAGAUUUCUGCAGGUACAAGUAGAAAGUUGUAAAGAACAGAAUUUGUACU